AUGGCUUUUCUCUUUUUCCCAUUUCCUACGUCUUUUGCUCAUUCGACUCUUAGCUUGCCAAGAAAACCUGCAUUCCGUGUUGACAAUAAAGCAAUGGAUUUGUGCGAGCUAUCCUCCAUUUUGAUGGCCGCAAAUCAUCAUACACGCUUGUUAUUGCACUCAAAGUUUCUCAUGAGACGAUUAAAUACUCUGUCUUGCUUCAGAGAGAUGACCUUGUGUCCUGCUGCCAGUGUUCGGUUACUCUACCAUGGACAGGACCUAGGCCCUUUUGCCUGCUCUUGCACUCCGGUUGUCGAGUGA